AUGGCUUACAUGGAUGAUACACAAUGGAUUUCGGAAUCAAAAGAUAAUUUAGAAGCCAUCCUAGAAAUACAUCAACCUCUUAAUUAUAACCUACAACUUAAUUUUGGCAACCAACAAAUUGCUAUUAAACCUUUACGGCCAUCACAAUCUACACGAAUAUUAGCUCACAAUUUUAAAGGAGUUUCUAUUAAUAACCCUUCGUUUGCUAAUAACAACACAGUUUGGACAGUUUUUUGGAUCGACAAAUUCAACAAAUCGUUUGCCGGCAAAAAUAUACACAAAGAUGCUAAAAACAAGAAAAUAUAUGUUCAACAUUAUCAGGUCGACCAACGAAGAUUUGGUUCUAAUACCAAUUCAAUCUUACGUCGCACAUCGAAUCAGCCUCAAACAGCGCGUAACUUUAAAGAUCUUUAUCAACAAGCACAAUUUUUAUAUUAUUUCAGAAACAAUUUUAAAGAAUCUUGUUCCAUGAGCUUAGGAUUUGCACAAGCUUGUGACUCUUCACCAAAAGUUAUAUUUACUUCGGCUUGUCAACAUUGGCCAUCGUCCUACCGUGCUGAGUCUUUAGCUAUUUUAGCUGCUUUAAUCGUCUCUCCAUCACAAUAUGAUAUUACGAUUCAAUAG